AUGGGAGUAGAAGUGGAAACUAUUUCGCCCGGAGACGGCAACACUUAUCCAAAACCGGGACAAACAGUUGUCGUGCACUACACUGGAACUCUUCAAAAUGGCAAGAAGUUCGACUCCUCCAGGGAUCGCGGACAACCCUUUAAGUUUACGCUUGGUAAAGGUGAUGUUAUCAAGGGGUGGGAUCAUGGAAUUCCAAAGAUGUCAGUGGGAGAACGAGCUUCAUUAACUUGCUCUCCUGAUUUUGCAUAUGGUUCACGAGGCCACCCUGGAGUCAUUCCACCAAAUGCAACACUUAUCUUCGAUGUAGAACUUUUGAGAGUAGAAUAG